GUGCUAAAGGGAUGUUUCCCGGCCAGGAAGAGAUGGAGGCGGCGGCGGCGGCGAGCAGCAUGGCUCUGCCUCAGCCUGCCCCUUGCCCGGCUAUCCUAAGCCAAGAAGGGGGGCUGCCGGGCACGGAGCAGCGGAACUCCCCGGUGUUGGUGGAGAAACUGAAAACCGUCAGCUUGGAGGAAAUCAUUACAUCCAAACCGGGGAAAACACCAAUUCAGCUGUUACAUGAAUAUGGCACAAAGGCUAAUCUCAAUCCUGUAUAUGACUUUGAAAAAGCUGAGGGGCAAGUGCAUAUGCCAGUCUUCACCUAUAAAGUCACUAUGGGUGACAUAACUGCAACAGGAGAGGGUCCGAGCAAGAAAAUUGCAAAACACAAAGCUGCAGAAGCCGCCCUGAACAUUUUAAAGGGCAAUUCAAAUAUUUGCAUUUCUUUGCCAGACCACUUAACCCCCGAACGUCUCGAUCAAGCACCAAAUCAGUCCAAUCCUAUUGGAUCAUUGCAGGAGCUAGCUAUUCAGAGGGGUUGGAGACUUCCUGAGUACUCACUGGCACAGGAGACAGGGCCGCUCCAUAAGAGAGAGUUUACAAUGACUUGCAGAAUAGAGACAUUUGUAGAAACAGGGAUUGGGACUUCUAAAAAAUUAGCAAAGAGAAACGCCGCCGAGAAACUACUUGAUAAAUUCCAUAAUUUUUCUGGAGACAAUAUCACAAUUUCUUUAGGAAAAGAACAGAGUGUUAAUUUGGGGUGUACAUGGAGCACCUUAAGGAACUCUUCUGGAGAAAAAAUUACUUUGCUGAAAAUAAGUCCACUCAGUAUUCCUAAUACAGAUUAUGUUCAUCUUCUUGGAGAACUUGCAGAAGAGCAAGGUUUUAAUACAAAAUACUUGAAUAUAGAGGAGCUGAGUGUGAAUGGACAAUACCAGUGUCUUGCAGAACUUUCAACUCAUCCAAUCACAGUUUGUCACGGGACUGGAAUCUCCUGGGGCAACGCCCACAAUGAUGCCGCUCACAAUGCACUACAAUAUUUAAAGAUCAUGGCUGCACAGAAAUAAGAUUCAAGCAAAAGGGAAAUAUUUAAGGACGUAUCCAUCCAAGCUGAAUGGUUUCCAGAUCAUUGGAGCUGUGUUUUUAAAAAAUUCACAUCACAGAACCCACACACGUGUAUACAAUUACGCAUUACAACGAAACAAAUCAGUCACCGCAAGUAUGUUAUUUAUCUGGAAGUCCAGAUACCACCACAGCCGCAGGCGUGGAAUGAGAUACAGAAUUCACCUUCCCAGAAUCUGAUGAAUGAGAAUCCUUGGAGCCAAAGCCCAAAACAAGCUUUGCUCUAAAUGAGCAGCUGCCCCUCAAACUUCAACCACACGUCCAAUUCCUCCCAUUCGCUCCAUAUUCUAGUUCAGAAAAACUUAUGACAUGACAUUGCAGUGAGAAAAGAGGAACCUAUGAUGUCAUGACAUGAGGUAAGUUCUAGUGGGUGUAACGGGGGAGGAACUAGAGGUGUGGCUACCAAUCACAUGUUUAGAAUGAGGUCUACCUUGAUCCUUGGAGAAUGGCUUCCUGUGGUCAGGAACAGGGCUUGCAGUCUCAACAGGCUUUCCCCUCCAAACCACCCCUAUACAGUGGUACCUCUAGUUAUGAACUUAAUUCGUUCCGGAGGUCCGUUCUUAACCUGAAACUGUUCUUAACCAGAGGCGUGCUUUCGCUAAUGGGGCCUCUUGCUGCCACUGCGUCGCCGGCAAACGAUUUCCGUUCUCAUCCUGGGAAAAAGUUCUCAACUAGAGGUAACUCUUCCAGGUUAGCGGAGUUUGUAACCUGAGGUGUUUGUAACUCGAAGUACCACUGUAUGUUGAUUUCUGUUUAACACUGCAUGACUCAUUUAUACUUCGUUUCAUGAUAAAAUAUCAAACCGGGGGGGGGGGGGGGGGAGAAAGUUUUAGAAUCAGAUAUGAAGUAUGUGUGACAGAAACGGUUCGUCUUCAUUUGUUCUGAAUACAGUAACUUCCUUUUUUUUCUGGUUGUGGAAUUAGGGGUGGAGUUUGGCACAGAAUUGUAGAACUCUUGUCUUUAUUGUACCAAGUUUUUGUAUCACAAAGUAGCUUUGAGCCUGCACUACGUAUAUACUGAAGCUUACAGGCUCCUUUGUGAAUACCUGUGUAUAUGGGAUCUUAAAAACCAAAGUGGUAUCUGAAAUGCUCCAGUGCUUUGAAAAGCUUUAUGUUAUGGCCAUAGGAUAUUAUUCAUUUUCCUGUGUGUGGAUUUUUCUCUCAUUGUGUGAACUGUGGCCUUUUUAAACCUAUGGUUUGAAGAUUGAAUUUUUACAGAAAUAAUGACUAUUAACAUCACUGCCCUUUUUCAUAAGGUAACUAUUAAGAAUCAGUCAUUCUUUAAUCAAUUCUUUUAAAGAAUAAUUCAAGUAAUAAGUUUUUAUGUUAAUCUUAAAGCAUGUAUUCUGUAUAUUUAGAGGAGAGGGAGAGGCUCGCUAUGUAAAUUGGUCAUAGCAAAUUAAGAUGGUCAUAGCAAAUUAAGACAGAGCAUCUUUUCUAGAGGUGAUCACAAUGGCCUGCUAGCAGUUAAUACACGUUUUGCACAUAAAGGUAACCAUGCACUAGUGGAUUUGAAUGCAAAAGCCUAUAUGCAGAUUGUUCUCGUGAGAUAGUGUAAUUGUGAUGGUGAUGUUCAGCCUGCUCUGCUAGACAGUUUGCGUCCCACUGAGCUGAAGCUGCUAUAGAAUUCAAGGUGACCUGCUUGAUUCAAGUGGAACAGUUCCUUCCCUCUGCAGGCUGAUUGCGCCUCCCAAGAGGCCUUCAGACCUCAUUGAAACAACUGAAGAAAAGGAGGCCCUGGGUGUUUUAUAGCAGGGAUGUCCAACAGGUCGAUCACAAUCUACUGGUAGAUCCCUGCUAGUUUUUGGUUGAUCUCUGGCUCCCUUUCCUUAGCGUCGCUAAAACUGAAUCCUGCCCCACCCCCUCGCCCCACCCUCCAUUGUUGUUUUAUCUCUGGAAGGGAAGACAGAGCUUUCUCUGUGCUGCUGUUUUCAUCCAUAGCGUUAUUUUCGUGAGUGACUUUACCCCUUUGUCCCUUGCCUUUAAACCCCCCCCAAAAAAUGUAACCCCUAAAAAGGGGUUUUUUCCCCUACCCAAGAAAGCUCUAAAACUUUGAGCUGAACUCCUAAAAAACAGGGCUUUUCUCCCUAAAAAAGCUCUAAAACUUUGAGCUGAACCCCUUAAAAAUGGGGGUUUUCUCCCUUACAAAAGCUCAACAACUUUGAGCUGAACCCCCCAAAAAUGAGGGUAGAUCACUGCCAGUUUUAAAUUCUGAAAAUAGAUCGCAGUCUCUUGAAAGUUGGCCACCCCUGUUUUAUAGGGACUGUAACAGCUGUGGAGUCUCUGAAUAGUCCCCAUGGUGAUACGAAACCCCAAAUGCAUGUGCAGGAACACCCAAGGCCUCUAAGGCUGGAGAGGUCCAGCACUUGAGAUCUUUGCUCUCAACAGGAAGAGCUGGUAAAGCUGUUGCCCAAGACAUGGCAAUUGAAAGAUUGCAUUGACUAUUUUCAUAAACAGAAAAUGAGUUCUACUCGUGCAAGCAGUCACUAUUGUCAUUCAAGAGUUCCUGUGUCCCACAUUACACUGGCUAUUCAUGUUGAUCAUUGUGGAUGCAGUUACGUGUCGAUAAUGCUAGCUGCCACAUGCCUGCACCAGCUCUUUUUGAGAGGGAAGAACUGCAUUAUUGGAUAUUAGCAUAGAGUGCCCGGCUCUCACGUGGCAAAUGGGUAAAAUGUCCAGAGGAGGUCAAAAGCUUAGAUUUUGGGGGGAUAUGUUCCCCAAAAAGCUCAAUAACUUCAAGAGAGAAAAACCUCUGUCCGGAUUUUCACUUUCGGGAAUAUGGCAACCCUGUCAGUUAUCUAUGUGAGCCAGUGUUCAUUCAAUAUGCAAUAAAAGGUGCUGUGGGAUUAAAGUAGCCCUGGUUUGAAAAAGGCUAGACUUUUGAUAAAUUUCCUAUACUUGCAGAAUUACUUCUUUGUAAGGAAUAGCACACAUAUCUUUCUGACAGACAACAUAAUCUUAUUUGAAGAUUUCAUUUUUGGCUAUUUCUGCUCAAAUAUUGCAGCAAAGUAUUAAGUGCAUAAUAGUUCACUUUCAUGCUCCUGGGGACUUUUCCUGGCAUCAUUUAGCUGGUGGAAAUCAACAAGAUAAAACUUGACUUUCAGUCACAUAUAUGCAUUUUAAUAUUUACCCAUACACGUAUACUGGUAAAUUGAAUAUUUGGCCUUGUUUGAGACAAGAAACACUCGUUCAAAGUUUCUUGUCAUUCUUCAGUCUUGCAUUGACAACUAAGAUAAUGCCUAUAAAAUAAUAAAUUUUCACCUCUAGGUAGUGAGGCCUAGGGGUGAAAGAGGGAUUACGGAUCACAGAUCAUCAGGGGGGGGGAGGUGUUUCCAUGAGAGAAAAUGCCAUCACAAUUUUGCCAAGAUUACUUGGUUCUGAAAACAUUUCCCCCCUCAAAUUAAAAAAAACCACAAGUCAGAUAUAUCUAAAUAUCACAUCCCAAAGAAAUCCUAUUCGUUUCAUAAACUGCAGUGCAAAAGCUUUGUUGAGUUGCAAACAGCUAAUUUCUGCCAAGAGUUUAGGUACCUGCUGUAUAAACAGUAAACAAAAAUGUGCUGAAAGUUACAAAACCAUACUCAUUUAAAUAUUAAGAACAACCCUAUGUAUGUGCAAAUCGGACACAAGUCUCAACAGCUUUGAAUGGGCCUUGCAGGCGAAGAGUGUAUAGAACUGCAAUUUAAAUUGUCCUAUCAAAAGUUGUGAAACAAAUUGAAGCGUAUCAUGUGAUCCUGCUAUUCAGUUUGGAAAGUUGUUUCCUAUGUACCUCUUACGAGUGUAACCAAAUUUUGCACGAUGGUUCCUGAGAUCAAGGAGCAGGUUUUCAUCUCUUGAUACGACUGGAUGCCAUUUUGAAUCAAGAUUACGUACAGAACUUUUGAAAACCGUGGAUUUUAACCAUUGGGGUUUUUUUGUUUUCCUUCUUGGAAAUCCUGAGCAAUACUGGAUACAAAGCGGCUAAUUAUACUCUAAUGCUUAUUAUAUAUGAUGACUGUAGCAACAUUAAAUAUGCAGGCAGUUCUCUUCA